AUGUCUUCGGAUCCCUCUGCCCUCUCCUCAAAACAUCUCUCUCAUCUCUCAGACACGUCCGCGCUUUCUCCAUACCGGAGUCCAUCUCGCGAUCGUCUCAUUUCGCGGCCGUCUUCGCGUAGCUCUCUACGCAGCCACAGCCCUUCGUUCUCGCUCGACGAUCCAGUUGCCGUAAGGCAGCAGAUGUCAACGCUGAAGCACAACAUCCGACAGCAGCAGGCCCAACUCAACAGCCUCGAGACUAUCGUCCGCAACGUACCCCGCUCGUAUUCGUCCAGCACCGAUCUAUCUUUGCAAGAUAUGGACUACAGCUACAAUUACUCGAAUAUGGCAUCGACAUCGUCCUCCGGCUCGGCCCCACCGUCAUCGUACGCACCCGUAGGCACUACCAAUGGGACAGGACCUACUCCAAUCAAUGUGAAGCGACGAUCCAGCCAUGAUGUCCUGCUAACUAUUGCUGGGCCGGACUCGGGACUGCCACUACCCAAACGCGACUCUAUCCUCACCGAAGAGAACGGUAUUCGAGAAGGCAUACCCACCAGCCCGCCAUCGUACAAGCGGGCUUCGAGUCCUACGCGGACACUGUCUCGUAUACCUAUAUCAGCCGUAGGCAACGCCCGUGCUCUAACAGACGAAGGAGCCACGUCACGGCCUCCUGCCCUCUCCACAUCCACUGGCGACACAAGCUCGCUCUUCGAAGGGCCGUCGUCUGCCUCUUUACAACCUCCUUCCCCCACUCCGAACUACAAACGAUACUCGGUGACCCCAGCUGGCACGACGAAGGUCCUGGCGGACUUGCAGACGGGGGUGGUCAACGCGCGGAACGCGCUAGAGAACACCAAGGCGCAGCUGAGGUUGUCACAGCGGAGCGUGGCCACCCUGACGAGGCAGCUGGAGGACCUGAAGGAAGGGAGGGAUAGGCUGAGGCUGGAGAAUGAGGGCUUGAACAACGUGGUGGCGCGGAAGGAGAGGCUAUUGCAGGAGGUGCUGGAACGAGCACGGAAAGCAGAGGCAGAAGCUACGACCCUCAAGGCGCAGCUCAAAUCCGAAACGUCGACCUCGAAAAAGACGAUCAGGGAUAUGGAGUCCGCACUGGCGGAGUCGACCGCACUCUCAUCGAAAAGCGAGCGGGAAUAUAUCACCCUGCGGGACAGCCUCAAGUCGAUGACGGAGAGCUGGAAGAACGAUACUGAACGACUCCGAGACGAGAUGAAGAAGAGAGAGGAGAAGGUGCGUGCGGAGGCAGAGAAGGUGGGCCGGAUGUACAAGGAACUGGUAGAGGACGUGAAGAAGGAGAAAGCGGCCGCGGAGCAGGUGAAGAAGCUACGGGAGGAGGAUAGUAAAAAGGGAGCGGAGGUAGAGAAGAUGUGGGCGGCUGAGAUUGAGAAGAUGAAAGAGAGUGUGGAGAAGGAGGGCAAGCAGAGUGAUGAGGCAGCCAGGAUUGCCAACCACCUUUCAGAAGAGCUAGCCCGCCUGCGCAGGUUGAUGCAGAGCGCAGGCCGGACGUCACCAACAGGUGACGAAGCUUCAAGUUCAAGUAACGCCCCCAAGAACGUCGACCCACCUCCAUGA